AUGGAGCUAGUGACAGGGGCAAUGGGGAGCCUUCUCCCCAAGCUGGGUCAGCUCCUCAAUGAGUAUGGCCUGCAAGCAGGCUUGCAGAAGAAGAUCGAGUCUCUCUCGUGGGAGCUUGAGAGCGUCCAUGUCGUCCUCCGCAUGGUUGGCCAGGUGCCACCAGAGCAGCUUGACCAGCUGGUCAAGCUCUGGGCGUGGGAUCUCAGGGAGGCGUCCUAUGACAUGGAGGACAUCAUCGACGCUUUCAUGGUGCAUAUUGAUGGCCGCGAGGAUCCUGCCGACCCCCACAUCCUCCGCCGCCUCAGGAAGAAGAUCAGCAUACUGUUCAAGAAGACCAAGGCUCGCCGAGAGAUCGCUGGAGCCAUCCAAGACAUCAACGAGAAACUUGAGGAGGUGGCUGCAAGGCGUGGGAGGUACACGGUCAAUAACAUCGUCACCAAGCCUGUAGUCCCAGAAGACAUUGAUCCUCGGCUCCUGAAUCUGUACAAAAGGGCAACUGAGCUUGUCGGCAUCGAAGGGCAAAUGGACAAUCUCAUAAAGAUGCUGUCUCUUGGGAAUGAUAUAGAUUUGUUCGACAAGACGGUGAGGGUGGUCUCUGUUGUCGGGAUUGGAGGGCUGGGCAAGACAACUCUUGUCAAAGCAGUCUAUGAAAAGCUUAAACCAGGUUUUGAUUGUGGGGCUUUUGUUCCAGUCGGUCAGAACCCUGACAUGAAGAAAGUCCUUAGGGAUAUUAUCAUUGAUCUUGACAAGAAGACCUAUACAGAUUUUAAUAUCACCUUGUUCGAUGAAAGGCAGCUCAUCAAUAAACUCCAGGAAAUCCUCCAGGAAAAGAGGUAA